AUGCCUGUCUCCUGGCUGAUAGCCCCUUCUUUAUCCAGUAUCAUCGCGGUCCACGGACUUAAUGGCGACGCUACGAACACCUGGAAGCACCCUAAAAACAACCAUUUCUGGCUUCAGGACUCUCUACCGCUUGAUGUCAAAGGGGCAAGAAUCCUGAGUUAUGGCUACAACGCAGACGUAGCGUUUGGUAACACUACUGCUAAUGUGUGGGAUCACGCCAAAAGCCUACUAGGUAGCUUGAUCGAUGAGCGCGAAACAGAUGAUGUAUCCAAACGGCCUAUCAUCUUCAUUGCGCAUUCGUUAGGGGGUAUCAUUGUCAAACAGGCUCUUGUUUGGGCACAUACGGAACCACGAUACCAAGCAAUAAAGGACCACACCCUUGGAAUUGUGUUCUUUGGCACACCACACCGAGGGAGCGACAAGGCCAAUUACGGGAGGAUACUGGCCAAUGUCGCCACAGGGGUUAUGCACAAACCCAAAACAAGAUUGAUUGGUGCUCUACAGACCCAUAGCGAGACAUUGAUGAGUCUCACUUCAGAGUUCAAGUUCGAAGCCCCCAAUAUGGAGAUCAUAACUUUUUAUGAGACUAGACCAAUGGGUAUUUUCUCGCGCCUCAUUGUUGAGAAGCAAUCCGCGCUUCUGGAAUUAAGUCAUGAAGACACUCAACCAGUGGAUGCAAACCAUCGGGACAUGUGUAAAUUCGACACGCGAAAUGAUGAGACUUACAAGAAGCUGGUGAAGAGGGUGAAUCGGAUGUUGAAAGGAAAGGACAAAUCUUUGCCCGCUUCUGAUUGUUCCCCCCCAAAGCUCCGCAACAAGCAUUUCGAGCUCCCUUUUGAUGUUAGCCCCUAUUUUACCGGCGGUAAUGAUGUAUGUGGCGAGCUUCGCGAAGGCUGUCUUCCGUUGGAGGAUCCUCCUGCACAGAAUAUGCAACAGAGAUUCGUUCUAUACGGCCUCGGAGGGUCCGGCAAAACUCAAAUGGCCUUGAAGUUUGCGAACGAUUAUAGAGAGAGGUUUUGGGGGGUCUUCUUCAUCGAUACCAGCAGUGUCGACAUGGCUCGACAAGCAUUUUCGAACAUGGCCCGAGUAUGCAAAGUAGGGGAAGGGAUGGAAGACUUCAGAAGAUGCCUCACCAAUUCGCUGGAACCUUGGCUGUUGAUACUGGACAAUGCUGAUGAUCCAUCACUAAACAUCUCCCAAUUCUUCCCCGUAGGUAAUAGGGGUACCAUCAUCGUCACAAGUCGAAAUCCUGAUUGCAGAUGUCAUGCUACCGUUGGAUCAAGAGAGCUGCGUGAAAUGGAAAGCGAUGAGGCUAUUACUCUCCUGUUGAGAUCUGGCGAUCUUCUCAGCGAGAAUGAGGAUCUGCGAAGCAUUGCCCUACCCAUCGUCCAAACACUAGGAUACCUAGCCCUCGCUGUGAGCCAUGCUGGGGCUUCUAUUCGACAAAGAGUUUGCUCUCUAGAGGAUUAUCUUGACAACUAUGCGCGCCGUCGCAAGAAGCUACUGAGCAGCCGACCAGUACAGGCGGACUCAAAUUAUGAGUAUACCGUCUAUACAACGUGGGAGAUAUCAGUGGACUCCAUAAAAGAGCUUUCGAACAAUGCAACGGAUAGCACUGCGGCCAAUGCCCUCGAAUUUCUGACUCUUUUUGGCUUUUGCCAUUUUGAUGACAUUACGGAAGACAUGUUUAGAUCCGCAUGGAAGGCGUUUGGCCGUACCGAGAGGUAUACGUGGUGGGCUUCCAAUUUGCCUGGUAUGGUUCGAGAUCGUCGGCUCUUGGAAUGGGACUCCAUACGAUUCAAUGAGUCCAUGCGACUUCUGUCGAGCUAUUCGCUCAUACAUGUCAGCGGACCAAACAAUCGUAUUUCGCUACAUCCUCUAGUGCACUCAUGGAUUCGGGACUCCCUAAAUGAAGAAGUGCAUUUGAGAUGGUGGAUUAUCACUGUAUCGACACUGGCACUGGCAGCGGAAGUUCUCUUGUUCCCCGGGCAAAUGCAAUUAAGGGUCCAUUUGCGCCAUUGUAUAGGCAUUGGGCAAGUUGAUGAUCUCUUCGUAGAGGAUGACGUCCUCUUGGAUAGGGUACAAAUACUUUCCUUGAUCAUCUCUGUAUACGAAUUUUUCCCAGGGAAAGAUACCUUGACGCUUUCAGAGCGAGCUCUCGAAUACAGCAGAAAAUUACUCGGUGAUGAAUGCUACUCUACAUGCCUACUAUCCUAUCAACUCUCGCGGGUUUUCUUUUAUUUGCGUGAGUACCAGAAAGCUUCGGACCUACUCCAGGGUACGCUAGAUGUAAGCAUUCGGAUACUCGGCCCAGCAGAGAGUUUGACCUUGGAUAUCAUGCGUGAACUCGCUUGGGCAUAUACAGAGUUGGGUCGGAAGCAGGAAGCUCUAGAGCUUGCUGAGAAGAAAUUAGCAGUUUGCGAGAAGUCGCUAGAGGAGAGAGAUGCCCACACUCUAUCAGCUUUGUGUGAUGUUGCAGCGGGGUAUAGUGACAUGGGCCGAUAUAAUGAAGCUAUUGAUGUCUUAGAGAAUGCGAUAGCAAAGAGAGAUGAGAUGUCCAACGAAGACAUUAAGAACAUGCUACAUUUAGAACUCCUUCUGGCAGUUACGUAUGACAGGUCAGGACGACAUGAGGCCGCUUUCGAGAUGUUUCAGAAUACCCUAAAGAAGCACUUAACUCUUUACGGUGAGGACGAUCCUUAUACCCUCCUUACAAUGGCUUAUAUCGCUAAGGAAUAUGGAGAAAUCGGUCAGCCAGAGGAAGGGAUACCGCUCAUGAUCAAGGCACUAGAGGUCGGGCAAGGAAGAAUGCCAGACGAGUGGCUAGAAACACAGAAAGAAGCUCUCAAGUGGCUGCAAUACAAGAGCGCACAGCUAUAUUUCUGA